AUGGGCCUUCUGAAAGCAUCAUCAAAGCCGAAACCCAAGGGCUUCAGUCAGACAGUUUGGAAGAAGACAGCCAAUGGAAAAAGACGUCGGGUUGAAGUAAUUAGGCCUCUCAGCCUCAGCCCACCGCCCUCCCCUUCCACUCCACGUACUCCACAUAAAAGCAGCUCUGUGCGGUCGACCCCACAAAGCUUAGCUGGAGCAAAAAGGCACCAGACUCAAGAGCCUGUAGGCAAUUGGCCUGAACUAGAUGACAUCUUGGAAGAAGCUGGCUUCAACGAAUUUGACUUUAGUCAGUUCAACUUGUACGGCAAGGACCGGGCUAGAGAAAUGGAACGGGUCUCACGCUGCUAUCGGGACCUGAAGAGCAAGUUACAUGCUGGUUGCUGGACAGCUGAGGGGAAUACUGUGGGCGGUCAAGCCAUAUUCUGUCCUGCUUGCCCCCAACCUGGCGUGAAUGUGACAAAUAGAACAUGGGAUAGCAAGACAGAUCCAAAAUGGUUGUUAUCGCCCCUGCUGGUCGCUGAUGGAAACUUCAAAUUUGACCAUCUGCAACUAAAGAAGCCACACUCGGACAUACAACUACGUGACGGUACUGGCUAUGUUGUGACCACAGCCACAUACGAGGAGCAUCUAGCUAUUACAAAUGGUGUCCAAGAGAAAUCAGACUGCGCCAAUCACAAGGCGGUCAACCAGGCUACUAGACCAAGGAAACAUGUGGAUAAUACUGGCAUUGGUGUGAUUGCAUGCGCAAGGCAUGGUUUCUUUGUUCCACAUUCAAUAGUGAACUUUAAGAAAGGGGAACAACAGAAGAACAUGGAUUUCGCACUUUCGGAAGCUAUGAAGUUCUUCACCAAAUUACGACCAAUCGAUGAUAUUGAUACCACACCAUCAAUCACCGUGAUCUAUGAUGUGAUGUGCCAGUAUGGGGUUCACCUAGAACAACGUCUGGAGGAUGGCUUAUAUCUGGAAAAGCCAGACAUUCCCAUUCAAAAGGCUAUUGGGAAAUUCCAUCUUGGAGCGCACAUUGACAGCUGCUUUUCCAAGUUCAGUCUCAACUUUUUGCUUGGUGCCGGCCAUACUGAUGGGGAGGUCCUGGAAACACUAUGGGCUCCUCUAAAUAAAAUUGCUGGAAGCACACGGUCAAUGACACUGGCACACCGUCAGGAGGUUCUUGAUGAUUCUAUGUAUGACUCUAAUUGGAAGAAGAUCACAAAUCUUGUGCCGUCUUUGAUAAAAAAGUGGAGAAGAGCGGAGACAUCCUUUGAGGAAAUGGAUGCUGCAUAUGAAGAUCUAAGGUGCAGGUUGUCAGACAAUGACUUAUUGUUGUGGGAUGGUCAGGCAGAGAAAGCAUCAUUACUUCGUGGAAAAGCAUUAGAAAUCUAUGAUGUCAAGGUGGAACAAUACCCAUCUGUUGCCAGUGUGCGAUUGAAUAUGGUGGAACAAGAGCUGGAAAGUACUAGCUAUGUUUUGGGAAGUGCUGCAUUCUUGACCAAAGGAAUGUCCUUGGAAGAAGCCCAACUCAAACUUCAAGCCACCAUUCACUCCUUAGGGAGUUUUCCGACUGUCACACAACGAAACAACCUGGCUGACAGGAGGAGAAUUAUGAAGAAGAACAUUGCAGAACACCGACGCCAAGGAGGCAAGCUAAUGCUUGACAACCUGGCCCUUGUCAAUGUGGAAGAAAACAAUGAUACUGAUAGUGAGGAUGAGUAUGAGGAGGUAGGGGAUGAUGAGGAUGAUGGGGAUGAUGAGUAUAGGCCGGGUUCUACAGCCAAGGGAAGCAAGAGGGUAGAUGAAGUCAAAGAGGCGGAGCAUAUGGAGGUAUGCAUGCCAUCAACAUUCAGUCAGGAGGAAAGAACCCAAAUAGGCUGGGCUAAACUGGCAGAGCAAGAGGUGGAGCUGCGAGAGGCCCAGAUAAAUGAUGCACUUCAUGAUCUCCGAAUAGCUCUUGGCGAGAAGUCACUUCAAUUUCGAAAGGUCCUUCGUGGUGAUCGGUCGCAGAAGCAUGUCUCCAGGGCUUGGAGUAUGAUCAACUCAUAUGAUGACAGGGCAAACCUACAGAAGUGGCUGCCUAUCAACCGGGAUCACGACCUGCAAAUGAAGGGAGAUGUUGAACAUGCAAACAGAAUUGGACAAUCAUCUCAUGCAUUAGCUUGGUUUUGGAGGUUGCAGGGUAGUGAGGUCUCAGACGAAGUAGAGGAUAGCCCUAUGAUGAAAGAAUUCUAUCAGAUCAACUACCUGCGGGCCAAGGCUAGGCAUGAUAGAUGGGAGGAGGAGAUGAUGCUACUGAAGAAGGAGGUAACAUGGACCCUGGCCUGGUUCACAUAUCAGGCAGAUUGGUGGAAGGUCAAAGGUGAAAGUGAUGAAAGGCAGCUUAGCACAGGGCAGCAAGCCUUUUGCCGAAAGAUGACAGCCAAAUGGAGGGACUUCAGGAGGAGAGGUGUGCAGGCCAUCCAGCAGAGCAAAGAAAGUCAGCUCUGGGUCGAAGAAUAUGACUUGGCACCCUCUCCCGCGCCCUCUCGUCACCUCUCUUUCGGCACCAUCGAUGUCGACGAUGAUGUCGAUAUUGAUUCAGAAGAGGUCGACGCAUCUCCCAAGAAACAGCGCCAUGCAAUUGGUGGGGUUGUCUCGUCUGCUGAGGGGGGCGAUCACCCUGCCCCGAGUCUUUCCUUUGGAACCGUGGACACCCUUGUCGAAGAAGGGGAAGUCGUAUCACCGUCCCCGAAGAGAGGGCGAUGUUCUACUCGAAAGGUCGUGCGGGACGACGAGGCUGCGCUGGAGGUCAUACCCCACACCCCGUCCAAACCUUUGGGCUGGAAACGCAGGCACGGGUCUCUCACCCUGACCCUCACUCCCUCCCCUUCCCCCCCGUCCACUGUGAAGGCUUCGAAGGCUUCGCUGAGCGCGAGGGAUCGCAAGCAGGCAAACCCUGCCAAACGCAUUCGACCCAUGGUCCGCCUGGACUCGGCGGACUCAGUCGCUGCAUCUGCCCCAGUGGACAUCCCUCCCAAACACGCGCCACCUUCGUCGCAAGCGCGAGCUGCUUCCAAUGAAGACAUUGACAAGCUUUGGCCAGAUACUCCCAAGCCAGCAAGAGCGGCCAAGUCGCUUGUGCUUGAAUUGCUUGACUUGGAAGCAGAGGAGGGCACAGAUGGAGAUGAUGAAAUGGACGUUGGCGGCCAAGAGGAUACUGAAGAAGCCGGUGGGCUCAGCGGCUGGCUGGACGACUCGCCCCCUCCCAAACCUGUCGGUGUCAAGGGGAAGGGGAAGGCGUUGUCGAGCACUCCCGCCGCUCCUGUCUUCGCUUCUGUCAAUGGGCCUGCUGCAAAUGUGUUGGGGGAUAAUACACCUGUUGCCGCCUCUGCCCAUGACGACGACACAAUAUUCUACAUUGACUCAGACAUUGACGAAGUGGUGGAGGAGGCUUCUGAACCCACCAACAAGGCCACUGAUCUUCAAGCGGAGGGCCGACACGAAGAGCUCCUCAACGAUGGUUUCCUUCGGAAUAUACACUACGGGGAGCUUGUGCCGAAGUACACCGCGAACAAUGAGGAGGAGGCUAAGAUGCCGUUCGUCACGACCGUCUUCCGGAUGAUGAAGAGUGAAUAUUCAGUAGUGUCCAUCUUCGAUGCGAUCCACUUCCGUGGGAUCGGCGUAUACGCGAACCCGUUCACCUCUGACCCGAAGGCCUUUGAAAUGAAAGACAAGAAGGUGGUGUUCAAGGAUGGAGUCAAUCGAGGAUACCCCGUUGUCUUCGUCAUGCCCAUUGUGGUGCAUGAGUGCAAUCUCCUUUCCCCCACUCUCGUCAACAAGAAUUUCGGCACUGAGACUCAUCGUCGGCUCACCGGCUGGGUCUUUGCUGAGCUCUGGGAGCUGUUCUCUUCCUUCGUCACCUCCCUUCUCAACAAGGACACCGCCUACGCCUACAUCACCUCCAGGUACCUCCGGUUUGCCUCCAGGCAGACCACAAAUUCCAAGGGAGGAGGUCUCUCCGUCCCAAGUACCCCAGGCAGGUCUGCGCAGGAUUCUCUCACGUUUGGCAACUCCUCUCAAAGAACCCCCAGGAGGGUGGGAGCCAGGUCUGCCCUUGAUAUAAAGUAUCCGCACGUAUACGGCCCGCACGGCACAAUUCCUGUGUACGACGGCCGGUCUCGAUACGGAAACUUUCGAGUGGAGGAAAGCCAAUGGGGGGAUAUCGCCAACCUGCCUCGACUGGGCACACCCCCUGUUUCUGCGGGGAAGCCGCCCAAGGAUGUCAAGCUGGUGGAGAUGGCAUCCUCCACGUCCAAGCAGUUCUCCGUCGUGCUUGUUGCGUUCACCAUUGGUACAUUUGGCACCUCCCCCCAGGUCUCGUUCAACCUCAUGUUCUCCAUAUUGAUGGGUAACUGGUCCGAACGGCCAGAAGGAACUGCCUUCAAGGUGUCGCUGGACAGGAUGGCAGUCCUUCGCGCUCAGGCUGCGGCUGCAGCUCGCCAGUCGGCUGCAGAUCGUGUCCACAGCAGCGUGGCUCGUGUCGGCGCAAAUGCAGCAACUGCUGGCACCAGCAGAACUGCUCGUCGUUAA